GAAAACUCCACCAAAGAAUCUGAGCCCGACUGUUUGGAAGUGAAAGAGAUCCCCAGUUCAGCCAGGAGAACUACCAAAUCUAAAAUGAGAAGACAAGAGGGCAUCUCAAGGUUUUACAUCAUUCAGGUGGUUUUCAGGAACGCGCUGGAGAUCGGUUUCUUGGUGGGGCAGUAUUUCUUGUACGGAUUCAACGUUCCUGCCGUGUACGAGUGCGAUCGCUACCCUUGCAUCAAAGACGUCGAAUGCUACGUUUCGAGACCCACUGAGAAAACCGUGUUCCUCGUCUUCAUGUUUGCCGUCAGUGGGAUUUGCGUGGUGCUCAACCUUGCAGAACUCAAUCACCUGGGCUGGAGGAAAAUUAAAACGGCGGUGAGGGGGGUUCAGGCCAGGAGGAAGUCCAUAUACGAGAUCAGAAACAAGGACUUACCGCGGAUGAGCAUGCCGAAUUUCGGCCGCACCCAGUCGAGUGACUCUGCCUAUGUCUAAUGCUCCUUCAUCAGUAGUUCAUCAGAGCAGAGGUGCUCAAUCCUGGAAGACCUCAGGAUGCACAUUUUGAAGUUAACACACAGUUGAAGUCUUGGAGCCUCUAUUCUAAACUAAUAGCUCACUCAAAAAUGAAAUAUUCUGUCAUACUCGACCUCAUGUCGUACCAAAUCUAUAUGACUUUCUUUCUUCUGUGGAACACAAAAGAAGAUAUUUUGAACAAUGUUUUGGUCCAUGCAGUGAAAAUCAAUGGGAUAAAACUGGACCCCAUUGAUUUUUUUGUUCAAAAUAUCUUCAUUUGUGGUCUACAGAACAACAUUAGGGUGAGUAAGUCAUGACAGAAUAUUCAUAUUUGGGUCCCAAUAGCAUCCAAAAUGCAUUUCUGGAGGACCCCAGGACCAGGUUGCAUUCAAUUAUAUACAAGAAAGGUUAUGUUAUGAACUGUUCAUCUCACCUGUUUCAUGGUGGGGUAGAUGGAUUUUGUUUGUCUGUUAUGGACAACCAGAACUAACGGACCAAACGUUUGUUUCUUAUCAGUUACUGAAGGGCACUGAUGCAACUUUUUUAUUGGUCAGAACGGAAAGCUUGCAAUGAGUUUUCGACAUUGGUUUUUUCGUUCAUACGAUCAGCUGAACCCGAAAUAUGUUUUGCACUAAAUAUGGAUUUAAAGAAGCCAAAUCGAACCUGUAUUGUGCUGUGAAGGUCUUUUGUUUCAUUAUAUUGUAUUCUCAUUCUGGUUUUAGCUCGCACAUGUGAUAGUUUCAGUUUACUCACCACAACUAGUUAGACCGCAGUUCACAUAUGUUUAUCUGUACUAUAUGAAUCUCUCUUCUGGCUUAGAUAGGUUGGCAUCUUUAAUGAUUUGGUUGCCUGUGCUUGCACCACUGACCUUAAUGUAAGUUAGCGUUCCGUUAUAUUUAAGCUGACUUGCAGAUCAGUAGCCGGUGAACUGGCCAAUGCUGCAUAAUGCUUAACUGUCUAUCUUUUGUAUUUAUUUAUUUAUUUAUGUAUGUAUUGUAUUUAUUUAUUUAUUUUUGACACCAAA